AUGAUCUCUAUCGCUGUGAUUCUCACGAUCGCUUGCGCGGUAGUCACGGCCGAUCAAAACUCAAAUGAAACCCACAUAGAUCAACAAGUUAUUAAACGUUUAUCUACAAUAUUAAAUUCGAGUAAUGUUGAUCUGCGAGAUAUAAAAAGAUUAAACCUUACAGCCCAAAAUAUAGGUUUAGAUAAAGAUUUUAUAGAGAAAUUGUCUGGGUCAUUGCAAGAAUUUAGGGAAGGGAAGAAAAUUGAUUCUGGUUACAACGUGUAUGAAGAUGGAAAGGGUGAUUCAUCUAGAGUCAAUCCCAUUGCGGAAUCUCCUGAUUACGCUUCAUCAGUGGUACUGGCUAGUGACUUACUAUCUCUAACUAGUGCUGUGGCAAAUGUAAAAGAAAAAGUUUGUAGGGAACAGGGAUACCGAUUCCUCGAUGGACUUCUGCUGAACAAGAGAUGGGCUUUAAAAAUGUUCGACGCAUCAGCCAAGUCUCCACAAGGUCUUCUGUUUGGUUCUUCGUACCAUCUCGGUAAUUUUGAUGAAUGCGUGGGAAUUGACGAGCCAGGAGAAGGUGUGACCGUGGAAGGUCAAUAUUGCCUGGCUACUAUCAAAUGGAGACAGUCAGAGGAAACGAAAAAGAUAAGAACGGGUCGUGGUGAAACACUUCGUUGGGCCGUAUGUGUUCCGAGUGCUUGUGAUGCAAAAGCUGUGGCUGGCUUUGUAGGAGAUGUGUUGUCUCAUACAGUCGGAAAUUCAACUGGAGUUGAAGUUACUGAGAGGGAUUGUUACACACGAAAACCUAUAACUGUUACCAAACUUGAUAUCGCCUUCCUUGGGAUAUUAUUAUUCUUUGGUUUACUAUGUUUGUUCACAACGACGUAUGAAUUAUACAUUAUAAAGUACCCACGGAAGAAAAACAGUCCUGUCCAGGAUCUAAUAAUUGCUUUUUCCUUGAUAAACAAUCUGAAGAAGAUUCUAUCAACAAAACAAAAUAAUAGCUUGGGGCUAGAAUGUAUUAAUGGCAUCAAAGCGUUAGCUAUGAUCUUUAUUAUAGCGGGGCACGCCUGUCUUUUUAUUGGCAGUGGACCCGUAAUGGAUGCUGAAGCUUGGGACAGACUGAUCCGAGAUCCGAUAAAUGCCUUCAUGUUAAACAACACGCUCCUUGUCGAUACAUUCUUGUUUCUCAGUGCAUUUCUCUUCAGUCGAUUGCUCCUUAUUGAGUUAGAUAAGCGCCGAGGAAGACUUAAUGUCCUACCCAUAUUGAUAUUUCGGUAUAUCAGGGUAACUCCAGCCUACCUCAUAAUUAUACUAUUUUAUAUGACAUGGUUACCAAAAAUCGGGGAAGGUCCAUUAUGGGAAGGAAGGUUGCAGUUGGAACAAGAACGUUGUAUGGAAGUUUGGUGGGCGAAUAUACUAUAUAUCAACAAUUACAUUAGUACCGAUAAAUUGUGUAUGUUCCAGUCAUGGUAUUUGGCAGUAGACACACAGCUUUUCUUUGUCGCACCCAUAUUUAUCUACAGCCUGUGGCACUGGAGACGAUUUGGAGCCAUAUUUACGUCGGCGGCGACUUUCAUAUCCCUCGUCAUCCCAUCUGUCAUCACAUAUAAAGAACGGCUGGAUCCCACUUUACUGUUUUAUGCAAAAGAAUUUACGGAUUUUGCCACCAAUAAUUAUUUUGUGGGAGCUUAUAUAAGAACGCACAUGAAGAUGACACCUUAUUUCAUGGGAAUUAUAACAGGGUAUUUGUUACAUAGAAUUCAGUUGGAAAAAUACCAGUUUUCAACUCUUCUAAAAACUCUUGGAUGGACUAUAAGUUUAAUACUCGGUACAGUGACAACGCUCUCUGUCAGUCUUUUCUAUCAGGAUUGGUAUCAGUAUAGCGAAUUUGAAGCCGCUGCAUACAUAUCACUCCACAAAUUCGCAUGGAGCAUAGCCAAUGGUUGGCUCGUUGUUGCCUGCGCAUCUGGUAACGGAGGUAUACUCGGCAAACUUUUGAAUUGGAAGUUCUUGGUGCCUAUCGCUAGAUUAACAUUCUGCGCGUAUCUUGUCAAUGGUAUAGUUGAGUUAUACUAUGUCGGCCAGUUAAGACACCCUCUUCACAUAACAUUCUUUACUGUGGCAGCGAACGCGAUAUCUCACAUAGUGCUCACAUUCUUUCUUGCUUUAAUACUCUGUAUUAUAUUCGAGUCUCCCUUACAUGGAAUAGAAAAGAUUCUGCUCAGAAUGUUUGCUCGUCCCGUAUUAAGUGACAAUGCCACACAACCCGAAUUACGUGAAACAUCACGGAAUACUAGUCAAUCAACAUUGGAUAAUUAA